AUGUCUUUCCGAGGCGGUUCGCGAGGUCGGGGCGGUAGCGGCUUUGGCGGUCGCGGAGGCGGCCGUGGAGGUUUCCAGCAGCGAGACAUGGGUCCUCCUGCUCAGAUCCUCGAGAUGGGCAAGUUCAUGCACGCGUGCGAAGGUGAAAUGGUCUGCGAGUCCAUCAACCCCAAGGUGCCUCACUUCAACGCGCAAAUCUUCCUCGAGAACAAGACGGCCGUCGGCAAGGUCGACGAGGUCCUCGGCCCCAUCAACCAGGUCUUCUUCACCAUCAAGCCCACCGAGGGCAUCCAGGCCACCUCGUUCAAGGAGGGCGACAAGUUCUACAUCGGCUCCGAGAAGCUCCUGCCCCUCGACAAGUUCCUCCCCAAGCCCAAGCCCCCGCCCGGUGCUCCCAAGGUCAAGCGCGCCGGUGGUGGUCGCGGCGGUCCCCGUGGUGGCGGACGUGGUGGUUUCGGUGCUCGCGGAGGUGGUCGUGGUGGCUUUGGCGGUGGCCGUGGUGGUCCUCGGGGUGGUUCCCGAGGUGGCUUUGGUGGCCGAGGAGGUGGUCGCGGUGGCAGCGGUGGUUUCUCCCGGGGUGGCAGCGGCUUCGGCGGUGGUCGAGGACGUGGUGGUUUCAGCCGAGGCGGCCGAUAA